AGGGCACACAAAACUCUUUUCUACUUCGUCUUUUAUUCCCAACUCCUUCGGGUCCACAAACUCACCCAACUCUACCUACAACAAAUGCAGCAAUAAAUUCUGUCACUAGAUUUCCUCCUCCCAUUCUCUUACCCUGUCUCUUUCUCAGACACAAGAAGCACGAGAGAAAUACAAGGCAAGAACGUUAUGGCCCUAUCCUUCACACAUACAACCAAAGCCCAUUCUUGGCUCAUAAACCACCACCUAAACCCCCCCACUCCACCACCACCAUUUAUCACCACUCCUGCAGCUUCCUUGACCUCAAAAAUAAACAAGCAUUGAGCCUAACUUCAAGAAUCAAUCACAAUUUCAUUCUUGUUCUUGAAAUCAUGGCAGCUGAUCAUACAGGUACAAGAAAAUCCAACACUCAGAUUCUGCAAGAACUUGAGGCCCUCAGCGAGUCGUUGUACCAAUCCCAUGCGUCAUCCACGACCCGAAGAACAGCCUCCCUUGUUCUCCCAAGAACAGCAAUUCCUCCAAACUCCGAGGGAUACAUUGCUGAGAAAGAUGGUCAGCUGGCUCUCAAUCCAAAACCGAGAUCAAGACGAAUGUCGUUAUCUCCAUGGAAAUCCAGGCCGAAGCUGGACGCCGAAGAAAACGAUCAGCUCCAACGAAAUAGAACAUCUGCCCGGAAAGAGGGCAAGAAUGACAAGUGGUGGGACGACGAGCCGUCUUCAGAAAAAAAAGGGAUUUGGAACUGGAAGCCAUUCCGGGCCCUGUCUCAUAUCGGCAUGCAGAAGCUGAGCUGCUUGUUCUCCAUUGAAGUUGUCACGGUUGAAGGCCUUCCAGCGUCUAUGAAUGGCCUGCGCCUGUCGGUUUGCGUUAGAAAGAAAGAGAGCAGAGAGGGAUCCGUGCAGACAAUGCCGUCUAGAGUUUCAGAAGGUGCAGCUGAUUUUGAGGAGACUCUGUUCAUAAGAUGCCAUGUUUACUUCACCCCUGGCAGUGGAACACACAUGAAAUUCGAGCCCCGUCCGUUUUUAAUAUACGUGCUUGCCGUCGAUGCUGAACAGCUGGAUUUCGGGCGGAAGGCCGUGGAUUUAAGUAGUUUGAUUCAAGAGUCUAUACAGAAGAGCUUUGAGGGUACAAGAAUCAGACAAUGGGAUGUAUCGUUCGAUCUUUCCGGUAAAGCUAAAGGAGGGGAACUUGUUCUGAAGUUGGGCUUUCAGAUUAUGGAGAAAGAUGGAGGAAUUGGGAUUUAUAGUCAGGCAGAGGGGCAGAAUUCGGCGAAAUCAGGAAACUAUUCGCCUUCGGUUGCCCGAAGACAAUCAAAAUCUUCAUUCAGCGUUCCUAGUCCAAGAAUGUCGAGUCAAGCAGAAGCCUGGAUUCCUGCACAGAAAGGAGCAGCAGCAUCAGAUGAUAUUCUUCAAGGAAUGGAUGAAUUGAAUCUUGAUGAACCAGCCCCACGAAAGCCUGAGGAAACGGAGACGAAGAUGGACGACAACGAUCUCCCUGACUUUGAAAUAGUGGACAAGGGAGUCGAAAUCCAAGGCAAAAACAGAGAGGAAGAAGAGCAAUCAGAAGAGAAUUCAGAUAAAAGAUCGGUUUCAAGUCAUGAGGUUGUGAAGGAAGUUGUGCAAGAUCAGUCCCACCUCAGACGGCUGUCGGAGCUCGAGUCGAUCGCUCAGCAGAUAAAAGCACUUGAAUCAAUGAUGGCCGACGAAAAAGCUGGCAAAACAGAUGAACUAGAAACUGCAUCACAGACGUUGGACGCCGACGAAGAUAAAGUAACGAGAGAGUUUCUUCAAAUGCUUGAGGAUUCAGAGGACGACAAGUUGAUCAAGCAUAGCAACGAUCAAGUAGAUAAACUGAAGUUGAAAAAUGAUGAAGAUGUGGAAGAGGUUUUUCUACCUGAUCUUGGGAAGGGAUUAGGCUGUGUCAUUCAAACCAGAAACGGGGGCUACUUGGCAGCGAUGAACCCAUUGGGAACUGUCAUUGCGAGAAAGGACACGCCAAAACUCGCGAUGCAGAUGUCGAAGCCGUUGGUUAUGCAACCAAACAAGACUGGAUUUGAGCUGUUCCAGAACAUGGCAGCAAUUGGUCUUGAAGAAUUAACCUCAGAGAUGUCAUCAUUGAUGCCUAUGGAUGAACUGAUGGGCAAAACAGCAGAGCAAAUUGCUUUUGAAGGCAUUGCCUCGGCAAUAAUCCAGGGACGGAACAAAGAAGGCGCCACCUCAAGCGCUGCCCGCACGAUUGCUUCUGUCAAAUCCAUGGCAAUGGCAAUGAACAGUGGCAGGAAGGAACGAGUAUCGACCGGAAUAUGGAAUGUGAGCGAAGAUCCUCUGACGGUUGAUGAAAUUCUUGCGUUCUCAAUGCAGAAGAUCGAGAACAUGGCAGUGGAUGGCCUAAAAGUCCAAGCUGAUAUAGCUGAUGACAACGCCCCGUUCGACGUUUCACCACUCAAUACAAAAACAACAAACUUAUUGGCUUCUGCAGUUCCAAUUGAGGAUUGGAUCAAGGCAAACACUAUAACGAAAACCUCUGGUUUGGAUUCGGAAGCAAUAACAUUGUCUAUGGUUAUUCAAUUACGGGAUCCAAUGAGGCAGUAUGAGGCCGUGGGGGCACCAAUGAUAGCUCUGAUUCAUGCAACGGCAGUCGAUGAGAACGCUGACAGUUACAACGACGAGAAGAGGUACAAAGUGACAAGUCUGCAAGUAGGCGGCGUAACAGUGAGAACAUCUGCAGGGCCACAACACGUAUGGGAUGGAGAGAAGCAAAAGCUAACUGCACUGCAAUGGCUGGUGGCAUAUGGGAUCGGAAAGCAGGCGAAGAAAGGAAAACGUCUCGUUUCAAAGGGACCGGAUCUCCUCUGGAGCUUCUCGUCGAGGGUGAUGGCCGAUAUGUGGCUCAAACCAAUAAGAAACCCUGAUGUCAAGUUCACCAAGUGAAGUGAAAGCUACAGAAAUCUUUAGGACAAUAAAACAAAGUGAGGAAAUCUAGGUAGGUAGUUUCUUUCUUGUUUGCCUUGUAGAAUUCUUGCAUUAGGCAUAAGAACAUGAAGAUUAAGAGUGAUUGGCCCUUCUUAGUUUCUCUUCAUAUUUGCUGCAGAACUUUUAUAAUGAGUGCCUAUGCAUACAGUAUUUGCUGAUCAUAUAAUUGUUGAAUUUUGGUGA